UGGGGGCGCGUCCUUCACCUCAAUGGCUGCCGGGACGGGAGGGACGCUGGCCGAGCCCUGGGAUUUUGGUAACACAACUGAUACAAUUAAGACAAUACCACAGGAUCUGUUUGCAGAACUAUGUGAACAAAUUAUCAGAUACCUGCAAUGUCAGAUCCCAGCUGUAAAUACAAUUGAGCUAUGUCAGAGAUUUCAAGCAGCUGGGAUUAAAAUAGCUGCUAGUGACCUGGCAAAGGUCGUGAAUGCUAUUUCCUUCGUAUUCAGCACAGCAGCAAAAAAUGAACUCUCAUCUGAAGAAUUGUCCACCAAACUAAGCGGUGCAGCUGGUGGCCUGCCAAAACAAGCUAUACAGGUUAUUCGGCAUGUUUGGAGUGAACAGGGAAGCUCCCUUACAGCAGCGGAAGAUGCAAAACAUAUGGUAGCUGUUGGACAGCUUAUUGAUUUUCAGUGGAAACUAGGGAUGGCAGUCAGUUCUGACAACUGUAAAUCUCUGAAAUCCCCAUAUGUUACCAUCGCAAUGAAGGUGGCAGACGCUUCAGGACACAUCACAAGCAAAACAUUUGAAAUGACAGUCUCACAGUUUCAGAACUUCUACAGUCAAUUCAAGGAGAUGACAAGCAUUCUUGAGACAGUUUGAACAGCACCUCAACAGUUCACAUGAAUCAAAUGAGUCCUUUGGCCUUUCCUAUGAAAGCAAAUGGUUUUUGUUGAAGAAAAAUAUGGAAGUUGGUCAUCAUUCCAAUUGUCUUCAUUAUGUAAUACCUAUUUGGAGAAAAAGAUCCACAGCCAGUCUGUGAAGACACUUCCUGUUUCUGACUCUUAACUCAAGAAUGUGUUGUUAACAGCAAAAAUAGAGAGAGCACACAACUUCCACCAGAAUGCAAUGAUAUGGGCUACACAGAAUAGAUGUUGGGAUAUAACAAGAUAUUUUAAAUCUUGUUUUAAAUAGUUACCACUCUCUGUAUUUAUAAGUAAACUAAGAGUGCAUAACAUAUGACUAAUACGUUGCCUAUGAAAAAUAGCUUGCGGAGUCAACAUUCCAUUCUACAAUGAAAUAAUAUUUAAUAUAACAAAUAAAAAUUUGGAAAAUAUUACUGCA